UAUAUCCACUUGAUAUCUUUUUGAUAAUUUUGUGUAGUGAUGAAUGUUGAUAAUGCUAUAGUUUGUGCUAAUAUAACUAGUUUUACUCAGGGUUGUACUGCAACAGUGCUUCUGGUAUGGACUGAUGGUGCUGAAAAUUUCUUUGCACAAUGUGCAAAUGUGGGGGACUCAGCAUGUGUUAUGAACAGUGCCAAUGGGAAACCGAUUAAGAUGACGGAGGACCAUAGAGUAGUUAGUCAUACUGAAAGACUGAGAAUGGAAGAAAGAGGAGAGCCACUGAGAGAUGGGGAAACACGAUUAUGCGGCUUGAAUCUUGCUCGGAUGCUUGGAGACAAGUUUCUUAAAGAGCAAGAUGCUCGGUUCAGUUCAGAACCAUUUUAUAUAUUGGUUCUAGUCUUUGUACUAUUAGAAGGGAUAAUGGUUUGUGUACACAGUUAUAGACAGACAGUUUCCUUCAUGUUUAUGUUUCUGGAUCAUAAUUUUGAUUCUAUUUUCUAAUAUAAAUUUCUAAUUCUAUUGUGACUAUCAGUUUUUCUCUUUCUUUCCUUUGUGCCUAAAUAUAGUGAGGCUUGGACUCUACUUU